AACAUAAACUAUAAUUUGUCGUUGUCAAAAUAAUGGGAAAAAUUACAAAAACACUGUAGUGAUUAGCAUGGAUUUACCCUGAUUACCCCAAAUCACAUUAAUAAAUAAUUUCUGCAUAUAAAAUAUACAAGAAUAAGUAUUAUGCCUUCUUUAAAAAAUCCUGAUGCUGAGCGCAAUAACCCUUGCCUAAAGGAACAAGAAGCUUCCUACAAAUGUUUGGAUAAAAAUGGGUUUGACGCAGAGAAGUGUGAAUUAUAUUUUGAUAACUACAAUACAUGUAAAAAGUUUUGGGGUAAAGUAUCCAAAGAUCGCAGAGCAAAGGGCCUAACUCCUUACCUUCCAGAUCUCACAGAGAGAGAGCAUGUCAAACAGGAGUACUUGAAAAACGUUUAUUUUACGUCAUAAUAUUAUUUAAAAUUAUUUAUUAGACUAAUUAUAACUUUCCAAACAAAUCUUGUUUUACAUAUUAUAUUACAGAGGUUUUUUGACGUCUUGAUAAUUAAGACUUAAAAGUUAGAUUUUCUACUGAAACUUUAUUUUAAAGCUAUCAAAAUAACAGAUAGAAAUUUAAUACAAGGUAAAUAAAAUAUUGUUAUAUUA